AUGCUACGUGCGCUUGAUGAAUAUAAAGCUCUCCACUACACCAGUAAGCAGUACCAGUCAUUCAGCGAACAGUGUCAAAGUGAAGAGAACUCAUUCGACAGAACCUCCACAGCUGCCCCAACCACAACAACCUCAGCUGCCCCAACAACAACUACAGCUGCUUCAACCACAACCACAGCUGCACCAACCACAGCUGCCCCAACCACAACAACAACUGCCCCAACCACAACUACUGCUGCACCAACCACAACAACCUCAGCUGCCCCAACAACAACAACCUCAGCUGCCCCAACAACAACUACAGCUGCUUCAACCACAACCACUGCUGCACCAACAACAACAACCUCAGCUGCCCCAACAACAACUACAGCUGCUUCAACCACAACCACUACUGCACCAACCAUAGCAACCACAGCUGCCCCAACCACAACUACAGCUGCCCCGACCACAACCACUGCUGCACCAACCACAACAACAGCUGCUCCUACCACAACCACUCCUGCACCAACCACAACAACUACAGCUGCCCCAACAAUAACUACAGCUGCUUCAACAAUAACUACAGCUGCUUCAACCACAACCACUGCUGCACCAACCACAAAAACCACAGCUGCCCCAACUACAACUACAGCUGCCCCGACCACAACUACAGCUGCCCCAAUCACAACAACCACAGCUGCCCCAACCACAACAACAACUGCUUCAACCACAACUACAGCUGUCCCAACCACAACUACAGCUGCCCCAACCACAACAACCUCAGCUGACCCAACCACAACAACAACUGCCCCAACCACAACCACUGCUGCACCAACCACAACAACUACAGCUGCCCCAACCACAACUACAGCUACCCCAACCACAACAACAGCUGCUCCAACCACAACCACUCCUGCACCAACCACAACUACAGCUGCCCCAACAACUACAGCUGCUUCAACCACAACCACUGCUGCACCAACCACAACAACCACAGCUGCCCCAACCACAAUUACAGCUGCCCCGACCACAACUACAGCUGCCCCAACCACAACAACCACACCUGCCCCAACCACAACAACCACAGCUGCCGCAACCACAACUACAGCUGCCCCAACCACAACAACUGCUUCAACCACAACUACAGCUGCCCCAACCACAACCACUGCUGCACAAACCACAACAAUUACAGCUGCCCCAACCACAACAACCACACCUGCCCCAACUACAACAACCACAGCUGCCGAAACCACAACUACAGCUGCCCCAACCACAACAACAACUGCUUCAACCACAACAACAACUGCUUCAACCACAACCACAGCUGCCCCAAAAACAACUACAGCUGCCCCAACCACAACAACAGCUGCCCCAACCACAACUACAGCUGCCCCAACCACAACAACAGCUGCUCCAACCACAACCACUGCUGCACAAACCACAACAACUACAGCUCCCCCAGCCACAACAACCACAGCUGCUUCAACCACAACUACAGCUACCCAAACCACAACAACUGCUUCAACCACAACUACAGCUGCCCCAACCACAACAACCUCAGCUGACCCAACCACAACAACUGCCCCAACCACAACUACAGCUGCCCCAACUACAACAACAGCUGCUUCAACCACAACUACUACUGCACCUGCCACAACAACCACAGCUGCACCAACCACAACAACUGCCACAACCACUGCUGCACCUGCCACAACAACCACAGCUGCCCCAACCACAACAACAGUUGCUUCAACCACAACCACUGCUGCACCAACCACAACAACUACAGCUGCCCCAACCACAACUACAGCUGCCCCAACUACAACAACAGCUGCUUCAACCACAACUACUACUGCACCUGCCACAACAACCACAGCUGCACCAACCACAACAACUGCCACAACCACUGCUGCACCUGCCACAACAACCACAGCUGCCCCAACCACAACAACAGUUGCUUCAACCACAACCACUGCUGCACCAACCACAACAACUACAGCUGCCCCAACCACAACUACAGCUGCUCCAACCACAACAACAGCUGCACAAACCACAACAACCUCAGCUGCCCCAACCACAACCACUGCUGCACCAACCACAACAACUGCUGCUUCAACCACAACUACUGCUGCACCUGCCACAACAACCACAACUGCCCCAACCACAACUACAGCUGCCCCGACCACAACCACUGCUGCAACAACCACAACAACCACAGCUGCCCCAACCACAACAACUGCUGCUUCAACCACAACUACUGCUGCACCUGCCACAACAACCACAACUGCCCCAACCACAACUACAGCUGCCCCGACCACAACCACUGCUGCACCAACCACAACAACUACAGCUGCCCCAACAACUACAGGUGCUUCAACCACAACCACUGCUGCACCAACCACAACAACCACAGCUGUCAGGAAGGUAGGGAUGUACGUAGUGAUUAUUCCACCUCUAGGACACACCCCAGACAUUGCCACUUUAUCCUCCAUCUGA